UUUACAACUUUUUGUCCCAACGGAGAAAAGUCCUCUCUUUCUUUCUCUCUCUCUCUCGAAUAAUAAUAACUUUUCAUUUGCUGCGUCCUUUUGGUGCUUGAAGCGAUGACCAUGGCAGCACAUCUCGCGCGACGGCUGAUCGGAAACCGAUCGACUCAGAUCCUUGGUGCUGUGAACUCUAGCUCAGGUGCGGCCACUUCCGUCGCUAGGGCUUUCUGCUCAUCCACCACUCCGAUCACCGCAACUAUGUUCCCUGGCGAUGGGAUCGGUCCCGAGAUCGCUGAAUCUGUCAAAAAGGUGUUUACAACAGCUGGUGUGCCAAUUGAGUGGGAAGAACACUAUGUUGGGACUGAGAUAGAUCCUAGAACACAGAGUUUCUUAACCUGGGAAAGUCUCGAAUCUGUGCGUCGAAACAAAGUUGGUUUGAAAGGUCCAAUGGCUACUCCAAUUGGGAAAGGUCACCGUUCUUUGAACCUGACUCUUAGGAAAGAGCUUAAUCUAUAUGCCAAUGUUAGACCUUGUUACAGUCUUCCUGGUUACAAAACUCGGUACGAUGAUGUUGAUCUCAUUACCAUCAGAGAAAACACGGAAGGAGAAUACAGUGGCCUUGAACAUCAGGUUGUUAGAGGUGUGGUGGAAAGUCUUAAAAUCAUUACCCGUCAGGCGAGUUUGAGAGUUGCAGAGUAUGCUUUUCUCUAUGCCAAGACUCAUGGAAGAGAGAGAGUUUCUGCAAUCCACAAAGCCAACAUUAUGCAGAAAACUGACGGCCUUUUCCUCAAGUGUUGUCGUGAGGUUGCUGAGAAAUAUCCUGAGAUAACUUACGAGGAGGUUGUUAUUGACAACUGUUGUAUGAUGCUUGUGAAAAACCCAGCACUUUUUGACGUUUUGGUGAUGCCAAACCUCUACGGUGACAUCAUCAGCGACCUGUGUGCCGGAUUGGUUGGAGGACUAGGGUUGACUCCAAGUUGUAAUAUCGGAGAAGAUGGUGUUGCCCUUGCUGAGGCAGUUCACGGUUCUGCACCUGAUAUCGCUGGAAAGAACUUGGCGAACCCAACGGCUCUGCUUCUGAGUGGAGUGAUGAUGUUGCGUCAUCUGAAGCUGAACGAACAAGCAGAACAAAUCCACAGUGCAAUCAUCAACACCAUAGCAGAGGGAAAAUACAGAACCGCAGAUCUUGGAGGUAGUUCGACCACCACAGACUUCACAAAGGCAAUCUGUGAUCAUCUCUGAACAUCGUAAAGUCCAAUUCUUUAUCGAAUCUUCUUCUUUUGGAGGGCUUUUUACAGCCUCGAAUUCUUCUUCUUUGUUUCUUGUUUACGAUUAGAAUAAAAGAAAAGGAAAGAAAAAAGGAAACGACUCUUCAUGAGUUUGAUUACUUGUGAAGUUGUUUGUUUCUGCUUGAAAACGUCUUUUUAAUAGUUCUCUGUUCUCUGCCGUAAGGCAAGAUUCAUGACACACUGAAAUUGAAUGAUGUUUUUCUGAAUCUAUCAGAAGAGUUUUGUUAUUAUUA